CGCACGCGAGCGAGGGCGGUCGACGCGGGCAUCGUCCACGCUUCGGGCGCGCGAGAGCGAAUCGACGGAUACACGUCCUCCGCGCGGGCGACGUCGGACGCGUCGCACGACGCCGCGAGGGAAACGGCGCUCUUCGAAUUCGUCGUCAUCGCUUCGCUCGCUUUUUUAAAGCCGCCCCUCUGAGAUUCAUUCGCGGGGUCGACGGCCGCGCACGAUGGCGCUCUCGGACCGCCAGUUCAAGCGCAAAGUGUUCGAUGAGCUCAAGAACACGGGCACGAUCGAUGGGAUCAAAGGCUCCCUGCGCUCGCGCCUCGUCGGCGUCCUGCAGAGGAAAGACCCGAGCGUGUUCGACGGCAGCGGCCCGUCCCCGGGGUCGCAAAAUCUGUGGCAGCGCGCGGCGAACAGCCUGUACGUGGAGUACCUCAACCACCAAAACUACGGGUACGCGCUGUCCGUGUUCCAGCCCGAGUGCGGGCUGACGGACCAGCAGGUGAUGUCCCGAGACGAGAUCUCGAGGGUGCUGUGCCUCGAGCGCCCGUCGAGUCUGUCGCAGCACCUCCUGCGCCCCGACGUCGGCGCGAGAAACGCGGACGGCGCCCCCGCGCCGCCGUCGCCGCUGCUCCUGAACAUCUUACAAGCGAUCGCGGAGGUCGGCGCGUCGAGCGCGAGGAGAGAGACGCCGACGCAGACGGACGACAUCUCCGGCGGUGCGAGCUCGCUGGCGUUGAGACUCGCGCAGAUUGACGAGCAGCACGAGCGCGCCGUCGCGACAGAACGCCUGGCGCCGCUGCGCGACGCGGAGGAGCGAAUGGCGUCGUUUCAAAAGGAGUGCGAGAGCAGGAUGCGCGCGGAGAUGCUCGAGCACGUCCGGCGCGUUCGCGAGCACGAGGUGACGCAAGCGCGGCUGGAGGAAGCGUCGAAGCACCGGAGGAAUCUCGCGGAAGCGAGGGAGGACCUCGAACGCGUGCAUUCGGACCGGCUUCAGAAGUUACGCGCGCGCGAGGAGGCGCAGAUCGAGCGCGUCCGAGCCGCGGAGGCGGCGCUGGAGCGCGCGGCGUACGAGCACCGGCAACGCCUCGCGGCGGAGCACGACACCCUUCGCGGGGAAAAGGAGGCGUUCCAGCGCGAGCAGAUGGGCAGGGCGAUGCUGCGCGCGAGAGAGGAGGAAGCCGCGGCGCGAAGAGAAGCGGAGUUGAACGCCAAGGAGAUGUCCUGGCAGUCGCGCGACUUGCACGCCACGGAGGAGGCCCAGCGCCGCGCGGUCGCGAAGACUCGCGAGGCGGAGCGCGACAUCGAGAAACGACGAGAAGAGCUCCACGCGGAGAUCGAGGCUGUUCGACGCGAGCGCGCGACGCUCGAGAAGGACAAAGCCGCCGCGCUCUCCGUCGUCCUCAGCGGCGGCAAGGGCGACGCCGCGACGGACAUCCUCGUGAUGCAGAUCGAGGACCUGCGAGUGCAGCUGGACAAAGCGAACGCGGCGCUCGCGAAGCGUGGGGAGGCGACGAUGUCGCCCGAGGCGCCGCAGUUGAUGCUGGACGACGGGAGGGAGAAAAAAAUCGAAAAGAAGUACGCCAAGACGGUGGCGGCGUUGCACCGCGCCGAGGCGGACGCGGAGACCGCGCGCGAGGAGGUGAUCCCCCUGAGAGUGGAGAUCGAACGCAUCGAGUACGAGAGAAAGGAAGAGCGCAGGGAACGCGGGGAAGCGCUCGCGAUGGCGGAGGCGUUCAAAGUGCGCGCGGAGGUGGCGGAGAAACGCGUCGACGACGCGGUGAAACGCGCGAAGGACGCGUGGGCCACCGUCGAGAGCACGAAGAAAUUCAUGCGCGAACUCAUGGACGAAGAGGUCAAGAAGCGCAUCUACCAGGAGCAGCGCGCGAACGCGCUUCGCGCCGCGGCGGAGAUCCCCGGGGUGACGCCGGAGCAGCUCGGGUUACAGCGCGGCCUCAUCGACGGCGCGAACGCGCUCGUGGACGAGAACGGGGAGUACGUCUCGCACAACACCGCGGUGAAUCUGAUGAUGAAAGAGCUCGAGGGGCAGCACCAGACGCAGAAGGAAGCGCUCGCGGCGUACGAGCGCAAACUCAUGUACGAGAGGCAGAUCGAGGAAGCGACCGCGAGGAUGGACGCGGCGAAGCUCGCGGCGAACAAGAUGAGGGACGAGGCUUCGAAGAAGGCGCAGAUCGAACGCGCGGUGUUGGAAGCGGAGAUCACGGCGAGGCUGGCGAUGGAGGAAGCGGCGAAGGUAUCGGGCGAGUCGUACGCGGACGCGUACGCGGACGACACGUUCGAGGCCGCGGACGAGGAAGUCGCGGCCGUGGCGAUCGACGCGCCGGCGGUGACCGCGUCGCCGCCGAAGUCGCCGAAGUCGCCGACGUCACGCCCGAAGUCGCCCGUGGGGGCGAAGAGUCCGAAGAAGACGUCUCCGCGGGUUUCGGGGGAGAUUGAGGAGGUGUACGAGGAGGACUUCGUCCCGGACGAACUAGAAGACGAGACGGGGGACGACGUGUUUUAAUUCGUAAACGACGUCUACGC